GCGCUGCUCUGCCGCCGGCCCGACACCCUGCGCGGCCUCGCCGGCCUCGCCGGAGCCUUCCCCGACGUGAUCAUUGAGAACCAGAGGACACUGACGACCUUGACCCGGGCUGACACCAGGAUGCUCCGGGAGCUCAGGAACCUCACCAUCGCGCACUCGGGGCUGCAGCACAUCGCCGCCGACGCCUUCCAGGACACCCCCAGGCUGAGCUACGUGAACCUCUCGUCCAACGCGCUGCGCAGCCUCUCCUGGAAAACGUUCCAGCACUUGCCGCUGCAGCAGCUCGUCCUGCUGGGAAACCCUCUGGAAUGCUCCUGCGGCAUCCGCUGGCUGCAGCUGUGGCAGGAGGGCGGCCGGGCCGAGCUGGGCAACCAGUCGCUGGGCUGCUGGGCGAGCGGGGAGCUGGUGCCGCUGGGUGCCUGGGUGCCGCAUGGCUGUGAACCACCCUCCGUGCGCAUUGAGCCCGCCGAGGUGCUGCUGCGCCAGGGGGACAGCGUCAACCUCACGUGCCACAUUGCGGCCGAGCCGCCGGCCGUGGGCAGCUGGCACGUGCCCGACGUGGGGCCCGAGGCGCCGCUGGUCACCGAGCUCUCGCCGCAGCAGCUGCUCCUGCACAUCGGCAACGUCUCUGCCAGCCUCAACCGCAGGGAUGUCACCUGCCGGGCGGAGAACGCGGCGGGGCCGGCCGAGGCCACCGUGGUGCUCAACGUCACCUUCCCGGCCGUGAUCCUGCUGCUGCAGGAGGCCAUCCCGCAGCACUUCUGGUGCAUCCCCUUCUCGGUGGACGGCAACCCGGCGCCCAGCGUGCGCUGGCUCUUCAACGGCAGCRCGCUGCCCGAGGGGCCCUACAUCCACACGCGCAUCGUGGAGGACGAGCCCAACUCCACCGUGCUGCACGGCUGCCUGCAGCUCAACCGGCCCACGCACGUCAACAACGGCAACUACACCCUGGUGGCCAGCAACGCGCUGGGCUCCGCCGCGCGCUCCGUGCAGGGCCGCUUCAUGGAGAACCCCUUCAGCUUCAACCCCGAGGAGCCCAUUCCCGUGUCGCUGUCGCCGCUGGGUGACAGGAACAGCUCCCUGGAGGGCCCCGUGGAGAGCGCCGACGACCACGUCUUYGGGGUCUCGGUGGCCGUGGCGCUGGCCGUGUGCGCUGGCCUCUUCCUCUCCGUCGUGCUCCUGGCGCUCAACAAGUGCGGGCGCCGCUCCAAGUUCGGCAUGAACCGCCCGGCCGCGCUGGCGCGCCAGGACGAGCUUGCCAUGUCGCUGCGCCUGGCGAGCCGCGGCGGCAGCCCCGCGCCGUCGGCCGAGAGCAAGCUGGAGGGGCUGCAGGGCAACGUCGUGGAGAACCCGCAGUACUUCUUGGGCGAGGGCGCCUUCGGCAAGGUCUUCCUCGCCGAGUGCGCCAACCUGCUGCCCGAGCGGCGCCCGCUGCUGGUGGCCGUGAAGGCGCUGAAGGAGGCCACGGAGAGCGCCCGCCGCGACUUCCAGCGCGAGGCGGAGCUGCUCACUGUGCUGCGGCACGAGCACGUCGUCCGCUUCUACGGCGUGUGCACCGACGGCGAGCCCCUGCUCAUGGUCUUCGAGUACAUGGAGCACGGCGACCUCAACCGCUUCCUCCGCUCCCACGGCCCCGACGCCAAAAUCCUGGACGCCGGGCAGGGCCAGCCUUACGGGCCGCUCACGCUGCGCCACAUGCUGCACAUCGCCACGCAGGUGGCCUCGGGCAUGGUCUACCUGGCCUCCCUGCACUUCGUGCACCGCGACCUGGCCACGCGCAACUGCCUCGUGGGCCGGGAGCUCGUGGUGAAGAUCGGCGACUUCGGCAUGUCCCGCGACAUCUACAGCACCGACUACUACCGGGUGGGCGGGCGGACCAUGCUGCCCAUCCGCUGGAUGCCCCCGGAGAGCAUCCUGUACCGCAAGUUCACGGCCGAGAGCGAUAUCUGGAGCUUCGGCGUGGUGCUCUGGGAGAUCUUCACCUACGGCAAGCAGCCCUGGUACCAGCUCUCCAACACCGAGGCCAUCGAGUGCAUCACGCAGGGCCGGGAGCUGGAGCGCCCGCGCGCCUGCCCCGCCGAGGUCUACGGCAUCAUGCGGAGCUGCUGGCAGCGGGAGCCGCAGCAGCGCCGCAGCAUCGGCGAGAUCCACGGGCGCCUGCAGGCGCUGCUCAAGGCGCCCCCCGUCUACCUGGACAUCCUGGGCUGA